GCGCCGAGUUCUUGUACGACGAAGAAGGGAACUAUGCACUGAAGCACACAGGUCAAUGUUAUGUACACAAACAGUGAGAGCUUUUUAUCUAAACGUAUAAAAGCGCUGUCAAACUCUGUACAUAUCACCGUCUAUUGAGUGUCAUUGAAGUUAUGUUGUGAAGUUUCUUCAAGGCUCGUCUUUGUUUUCGCGCAUAUUUAUGCAGAAUAGCUUUUGUAAUCACUGUUCACUGCACAUGAAGUAGGUCAUUGGUGUUAGCAUGUUUCUUGUGGGGCUAACUGGAGGUAUCGCCUCUGGCAAGAGCACAGUGUCGUCUCAGCUGAAAGAACUGGGAUGUCCGGUCAUUGAUGCAGAUGUGGUUGCUCAGAAAGUGGUGGAAUUUCAGAGCCCAGCGUACAAGCUCAUCCUGCAGCAUUUCGGACGGGAGGUUUUGUUAGAGAACGGAGAGAUUGACAGAAAGAAACUGGGCCAGAUAAUCUUCUCCAACCCCGAGAAACGAAGACUUCUCAAUUCAAUUACACAUCCACUAAUACAUAAAGAAAUGUUCAGACAGAUUCUGCUGUACUUCAUUAAAGGCUACAGGUAUGUGAUUUUGGAUGUGCCUCUGCUUUUUGAGACACGACGCCUCACUCGAUUCCUAACCCACACUGUUGUUGUUUACUGUGAUCCAGCCACGCAGCUGUCCAGACUCAUGCAGAGAGACGCUCUGAGCCACGAGGAAGCCCAACAGAGAAUCGCUGCCCAGAUGCCCCUCAAAGAGAAGCGUGGACUGGCCAGCCACGUGAUGGAGAACUCGGGCUCUCGUGAGGACACUCACAGACAAGUUCUCCGCUUGCACACCAAACUGGAGGACUCCAUGGAGUUCUUGGUUGUUAGGGCCGUCGCCGUGGCGGCUGUUGCCGGGCUCUGCGGCCUGUUCCUGUGUACAGUCAAAUUGCUCAUCUCUUAGCACAGCAUGAACAUACAUCUUUCAUUUUAAACAAGGAAGGAUGUUCUUUUAUAUUUUAACAUUUUAAGGUCUCAUUUUGACUUUACUUGAUAACUUUCUACUCUAUCAACAUUUUGUUCUGUGACCUCAACACCAAGUUUAGUCUGAGCCGUGUCUGUUAAACACCAUCUUGAGGGUGACUUGAAGGGUCCAAGUGUGUCAAUAGAUUUUUAGAUUUAGAUUUAGAUUUUUUUUUUUUUUUUUUUUUAGAUUUUUUAGAUUUGUGCAAUAAGCACAGAGACCGCUGUGAAUUGUACCUCUAGAUGAUAUAAGAUGUGAUAACAGAGCACUACAGUACAGCAAACACAUUUAUAUGUAAACAACACAAUAAUUGUGAUGUUAGUCUAAUGUAAAAUAAUGUACAAAAUGAACUGACGCUGCCACAAUAAAGCAUGUUUUCUGACCUCAACACUACAUGUUAGUUAACACACAAAAUGUACUGAAUGUAUUAAUAACAUCAUCUGCUCUUUGUUGAGAUCAGGUGCUAUUUGACUUCAUAAGAAUUAAAGUGUCACAUCAUGACUUGUUUUGUUUUCUUUAGUUUAUGAUAAAUGACUCGUACAGUAUAGCCAGGAGACAUGAGAGACAGCAGUUUUCAAAUCGGUGGAAAAACAUCACGUGUCCAGAGAUGAGAAUAUCAUAGAGACUUAAGAGUGGGCAGAGAGUCUAUUAUUACAGAAGGAGAUGAAAACCUCUUGAAUCAAGUGCUUCUCUGACUUUAUUGACUUGUUCGAUCACAGUCAUCUUUGUUUGCAAUACUUUCUGUCUAUCUUUUUGGGAAUAUUUGUAUUUUGAACAACAAACAGUCUAUGGCUCUGUAAAUAUUAAUAACGGAUCUAUUAUUAUUAUAAAUGUUAAUAUUAUAUGAGACUGUCAUGAAGACGGAUGUGACAGUGAGUUCUUGCCGUGUCUUUCUCACCUACUUCGCACAUCUUCAGGGUUGGCCUGUGGUCAUGUUGUCUGUCUUUAAUAAGCUCUUCUUAUGCUAACACAGAGUGACGCGGGCCAGCGGCUCUGAGGAGGAAGACCUCUGAGUCUCACUGCGGAUGUGUGUGAGAUCAAGGGUUUGAGGUCUUUAGAAAACAGUUGCACAUGAAAAAGCAUUUGAAGGUAGUCCCCAAUAUAUGUUCUGUCAGAGUAUAUGUUAAUCCAUGCUGGUCUAAACAAACAGAAUCAAUUGUUACUGUAAUGCUUCUAGACAUUUCAU